CCCCAUUCCUCCCUACACAGAGCAGGCGUGUUCAAACAUUACGAACCAGACCAGCUAUUGUUUCCGGAGAAACGUUCAUUUCUUUAAAAGGAUUGUGUUAUUUUCUUCAAUCAAAGAUACCAGGCAAAAUUAAUAGUGCCUAUUUUACCAAAUUAAAAAAUGGAUCCUCGAGCUCGUUUGCUGCUGCUCCUUCUCUACGGCUUUGUCCUUUGCACCGGGGCCACCAUUGCAGAGCUCAGCUAUUCUAUUCCGGAGGAGAUGAGACCCGGAUCCAUUGUUGGGAAUAUCGCCAAGGACCUCGCAAUUGAAGGACGGUCCUUGAUCUCUCGUAAGGCCCGCAUUGAUACUGUUAAUGAGGAUGUGCGUUACUGCGACAUUGACAUCAAAACGGGGAAUUUUAUGAUCCGGGAGAGGAUUGACAGAGAGGAGCUGUGUGGAGAGACUGUGACAUGUGCACUUAAAUACGAAUUGGUUUUAGAAAGCCCGCUGGAGCUGCAUCGCAUUACGGUUCUUGUCCAGGAUGUAAAUGACAAUUCACCUGUCUUUCCAAAGGAUCAUAUAAAGCUGGAAAUACGUGAAUCAGCCGACAAAGGAACUCGAUAUCGCAUUAAUGAAGCAGAUGACGCAGACAUUGGUCAAAAUGCUGUUAAACAAUAUUUCUUACAAAACAAUCCUCAUUUUGUUUUAUCCGUUCGAGAAAACUCGGAUGGAUCAAAGAGUCUUGAAUUGGUGUUAGAUAAAGAGCUUGAUCGUGAAACAGAAAAUGAUUUAAGUGUGGUUCUCACUGCCAGUGAUGGUGGCACUCCACAAAGAUCCGGAACGGUCCUCGUGCACGUCACAGUGCUGGAUGCAAAUGAUAACGCUCCAGUGUUUGGUCACGAAAUUUACAAGGCUAGUCUUCCUGAAAACUCAGCACUUGGAACUGUUGUUAUUAGAGUGAGUGCAAUAGAUGCAGACGAUGGCAUUAAUGGUGAAGUUACAUAUGAUUUUAGUCGUAUUGCAGAAAAAGCUAAAAAAGUGUUCUCAAUUGAUAAUAAAACCGGCGAGAUUGUAGUAAUAGGGUCACUUGAUUUUGAAAGUAAUUUCAAAUAUGAAAUGCGGGUAGAUGCUAAAGAUGGUUAUGGGCUUUCAUCACAUUGUAAAGUAGUGAUCGACAUUUCUGAUGUAAAUGACAACUCGCCUGUAAUUAAUAUUAAGUCACUGUCUAAUGCAGUCGCAGAGAAUGUGCCACCAGGUACUGAGGUAGGCAUCAUUAACGUGCAGGAUCGAGACUCUGAACAAAAUGGACAAAUUCAUUGCUCCAUUCAACAAAAAGUCCCCUUUAAGUUAGUUCCUUCUAUUCCAAACUAUUAUUCUCUAACGACUACUGGAAAACUGGAUCGUGAACUUGUGUCUGAUUACAACAUUACAAUCAGCGCCACUGAUGAGGGCUCUCCUCCUCUGUCCUCCUCUAAAACCGUUCACUUGUCCAUAGCAGACAUAAACGACAACCCACCUGUGUUUGAGGAAAAGUCCUACAGUGCAUAUGUGACUGAAAACAACAAGGCUGGCUUAACUUUAUGUUCUGUUAGUGCCCGAGACCCGGACUGGCGACAGAAUGGUAGUGUAAUUUAUUCUCUAUUAGCCACUGAAGUAAAUGGUUCCCCAGUGUCCUCCUUUGUGUCUAUUAACGGAGACACAGGAAUAAUCCAUGCCGUCAGGUCGUUUGAUUACGAAAACAUGAGGAGCUUCAAAGUCCACGUUAUAGCCAGGGACAAUGGUUCUCCUCCAUUGAGCAGCAACAUUAGCGUCAGUGUGUUUGUCUCAGAUGUAAACGACAACUCUCCCCAGAUACUGUACCCCGCCCCGGAGGGCAACUCCUUCAUGACUGAGCUGGUCCCCAAAGCUGCACAUGGAGGCUCUGUGGUAUCCAAAGUGAUAGCGGUGGAUGCCGACUCCGGACAGAACGCCUGGCUUUCUUAUCAUAUAGUAAAGUCCACAGAUCAAGGACUUUUCACCAUUGGUCUCCACAGCGGAGAAAUCCAGACCCAGCGGGACAUUUUGGAAUCUGACAGCAUGAAACAGAACCUGAUUGUGGCAGUCACAGAUAACGGGCAGCCCCCUCGCUCUGCCACCUGCUCCAUGUAUUUGAUCCUUUCCGAUAACUUGGCUGAGAUGCCAGAACUAAAAGAUAUUUCUUAUGAGCAGAAGAAUUCCAAACUGACAUCUUAUCUGAUUAUCGCUCUAGUGUCUGUGUCCACCUUCUUUCUGACAUUCAUCAUCAUCGUCCUGGGUGUGAGGUUUUGUCGUAGGAGAAAGCCCAGACUGUUGUUUGAUGGAGCAGUUGCCAUCCCCAGUACAUAUCUCCCUCCUAAUUACUCAGACGUUGAAGGCACGGGAACUUUACGCAGCACCUAUAACUAUGAUGCCUACUUGACAACUGGUUCCAGAACAAGUGAUUUUAAGUUUGUAUCCUCUUACAAUGAAAACACACUUCCUGCGGAGCAGACCCUGAGGAACAGUCAGAGUGACUUCAUUGAUGAGUUUCAGGAUUCUUUCGACCCAUUGGAGGUAGGCAGUUUUCUUCAUGUUAAAGCCUCUUAUUGAUCAAACUUGAACAAUACAUUCAUCUGGGAGCAGAACUUUGUGUUUCCAUUUAACCUCUUUUAAAGUAAAAAUGACAUUUUAUAAAAGUAGUUUGUGGUGUUUUAACCGUUUAGAUUUUUUUAAUUUAUUUUUUUUAAAUAUAUUUUGUAUUGCAUUCCUUUGAUGAAAACUUACUCUCCCAUCAUACAAGAUUUAUUAAAUGUUACUGACCCAUGAGAUUGAUCAUUUGGUGAAUAAAGCACUAAUUUCAACACUUCAAAAAACUGUUUUUCAACUAAUGUGAAGUUCCUUCUAUAUUUUUUUGUCACGUAAUUAUAUACUUUAGGGUCGAUUAUGUAAAAUAACUUGGUGAUAACAUUUGAUUCAGAAACAUAUUUUCCCAUAGCAAUGUAUUUGCAAAUUUGGCAACUAUACAAAGCUUCAUCUGUCUACUUUUUUUUUUUCAACUUUUGGGAUGAAUAAUGUUUAUUUUUUUAUUAAAUCGUAGGAAAAGUCAUAUCAUACUAUUUUGAUUUUCAAUCCAUAUUGUACUGAGGCCAAACUAUUUGGUUUUAACAUGGAUACUGUAUUGCUUGAUGAAUCCUUAAUGCACUUGAUGAGAGACAC